GAUGAAAAAUUAAACUAAGAGGAUAUUUUUACGUUGAUAAAUAAAUCAUAACCUACUUAAUCCCACACGACAGGCUGCGUCCCUUCAUUACGCUGCCCCUCAUCGAUGAAGAGGUGCCAUGCUGAAGUAACCCGUGAAGUUUCUUCUGCCCCCAGCUGCUGUAGAAUAACAGGUUAACUGGGAAAAACUUUUUUUUCGCAGAGCCUGACACGGUAAGUACAGCUACUCCGUUGACAACACAGGUGAACACAUGUAAAUUACACACUAUAACCGACAAACUGUAUACUACACGACAAUCGGCAUCCUAUUCAUCAUUGCUUUUUGUUAAACCAUGACCAUAUAUUGCAUAUGUUUUAAUACUAACAUGCCAGUAGAGAAGUUCAACUCAUCGCAACGCAAAUAAUCACGUUUCCUGUUUAUUAUAUUGUGGCUACGCUUACGCUGACGACUACAUAGCCUACUACACUACAGUGAACAUGCGUUUGCCCAGUUCAUCUUUGUCACCAAGGACCAGCAUUCUAUUAAUGGAAGGCAUUCGAUCAUCUGCGACGGCCGGCAGAGCGCGACCCCUGUAAACGGCAUUGCUGCUUGAAAUUUCCUCCUGGAAGUAAGACUCGCGCCGGAGCGCUAUCUGCAUGUAUCCCACUGCAAACAGGAUGAACCACAACAACCUUCACUCCACUCUCACGUCCAUUUAACCCCAUAUUCGGCACGGCCGGCCGGGAUCCAUGCUACCCUGACACACGAUAUUGCAGUCCCUUCUCCCCGACAAUAUCCGCACCCAUUCCCCACUGAAGCAGCAUGCCCGAGACGGGAGCGGCAGCAGCAGCCGCCGCUGCAGCCGUAAGCAGCUCCAGUGACACCGAGAGCUCACGGCACAGACACCGAUCGCAGGAGGGUGAAAAGACAGAUCCAGCUGCCGUUCCUCAACAAACGUCCUCCGGGGUUUUGGACAAGCUGUUUGGGAAGCGUCUCCUGCAGGCUGGCCGGUACAUCAUGUCCCAUAAGUCCUGGAUGAAGACAGUGCCCACGGAGAACUGUGACGUCCUGAUGACUUUUACAGACAGCACAGAUGACCACACACUACUAUGGCUUCUGAACCACAUCCGCCUGGGUAUCCCUGAACUCAUAAUCCAGAUCCGGCACCACAAACAAACAAGGGUCUAUGCUUUCUUCGUCACGGCAACCUACGAAAAUUUGCUGCGGGGCGCAGAGGAGAUGGGUCUGCGUAAGGCGGUCAAGCCAGAGUUCGGCGGGGGCACGCGCAGCUUCUCCUGCGAGGAGGACUACAUCUACGAGAACAUCGAGAGCGAGCUCUGCUUCUUCACCUCACAGGAGCGCCAGAGUAUCAUUAAAUAUUGGUUGGACAAUCUGCGAGCCAAACAAGGGGAGGUCCUUCACAAUAUACAAUUCCUAGAGGGACAGCCAAUCAUCCCGGAGCUGAGUGCCCGGGGUGUGAUUCAGCAGGUCUUCCCGCUGCACGAGCAGAGGAUUCUCAGCCAGCUGAUGAAGUCGUGGGUCCAGGCCGUGUGUGAGAAACAGCCUCUCGAUGACAUCUGUGACUAUUUUGGAGUGAAGAUUGCGAUGUACUUUGCCUGGUUGGGUUUCUACACCACCUCCAUGCUGUAUCCUGCAGUGAUCGGCUUUGUGCUGUGGAUGCUCACGGAGUCGGACCAGACGAGCCGGGACAUCUGCUGCGUGGUGUUUGCGCUGUUCAACGUGGUCUGGGCCACCCUGUUCCUGGAGCGCUGGAAGCGCAGGGGGGCAGAGCUGGCCUACAAGUGGGGCACCCUGGACACCCCCGCAGAGUCUCUGGAGGAGCCCCGCCCGCAGUUUCGGGGAGUGAAGCGGUGCAGUCCGGUCACGGGCUGCGAGGAGUUCUACUACCCCCCCUGGAAGAGGAGGGUGUUCAGGUGGCUGGUCAGCCUGCCCAUCUGUAUCUUAUGCCUUUGCUUUGUCUUCCUGGCUAUGCUCAUCUGCUUUGAGCUGCAGGAGUUUGUGAUGGGGAUCAAAGAACUGCCCCGUGUAGCCAGGUUCAUCCCCAAAAUAAUGCUGGCCAUCACUGUGACCGCAUGCGACGAGGUAUACAGGAAGAUCGCCUCCUGGCUCAAUGACAUGGAAAACUACAGACUCCAGAGUGCCUAUGAGAAAAAUCUCAUCAUUAAAAUGGUUCUUUUUCAGUUUGUAAAUUCUUAUCUCAGCCUUUUCUACAUUGGAUUCUACCUCAAGGACAUGGAGCGUCUGAAAGAGUUGCUGCUGGUCUUCUCAGUAGCGCAGGGCAUUCUGAGACAGAUCAAGGAAAACGUGCUGCCUUUCGUGUCCCUGAGGUUCCACGUUGUGUUCAUCAAGUUCCUCCCGUGCCUCCGGACCUCCUUCAGGUCCAAUAUGCUGGCCACUCUGCUGAUUAUCCGUCAGUUCCUACAGAACGUGAAGGAGGUCGUCCAGCCGUACCUGUACGAGCGGCACAAGCUGGGCGACCUGACGCUCCGGGCGGUGUGGGACCUGCUCCUGUCCGCGCUGCUGAAGUACGGCCGGCUGGCGGCCGGGAAGGCGCAGCUCUCGCCCAGCGACCAGGCCAUGCCCGGGCCGGGCCUGCGGGGCACGAGGCCGGGCAUCGGCCAGGCCGAGCGGCGGGAGAAGAAGUGUCUGAACGGCGGCUGCGGGGUCCCCGAGGACGAGGAGGAGCAGGACGACGGCACGCGGCACAGCGAGGAGGAGAACGAGGAGGAGAGCCUGAUCGACUGCGGCCUGAAGCUGCGCAAGGUCAGCUUCAUCGAGAAGGUGGAGCGCAAGGCCGGCGCCGCCGCCGCCCAGGCGGAGGACAACUUCCUGGAGGAGGGCAGCCCCACCAUGGUGGAGAAGGGCAUGGACCCCGCCUCCGUCUUCGAGCUGUGCGACGACGACGACGACGACGGCACCGAGGUGUCCGAGGUGAAGGAGGUCUCGCGGGAGGUGCUUGCCGCCCCGCUCCCGCUCGGCCCCGAGAGCACCGUCACCCUCCGGCACCGGAGGAGGGGCCGCAGCCUGGAGCGGGAGGACAGCAGGGCCAAGAGGGAGUCCUGGAUCGACCCGCCGGAGGAGAGCGAACCCAACACCCUCACCCAGGCCGAGAUCGAGAGCUGCAUGCAGACGUAUGAGGACACCUUCCAGGACUACCAGGAGAUGUUCAUCCAGUUUGGCUACGUAGUGCUCUUCUCCUCGGCCUUCCCCCUUGCCGCCAUGUGCGCCCUCAUCAACAACAUCAUCGAGAUCCGCAGCGACGCCUUCAAGCUCUGCACUGGCCUGCAGAGGCCCUUCGGCCAGAGGGUGGAGAGCAUCGGCCAGUGGCAGACGGUGAUGGAAGCCAUGGGCCUGAUUGCCAUCAUUGUGAACUGCUACCUGAUUGGCCAGUGCGGUCAGCUGCAGCGCCUCUUCCCCUGGCUCAGCCCUGAGAUGGCCAUCAUCUCCAUCGUCAUCCUGGAGCAUUUUGCCAUUCUCCUGAAGUAUGUCAUCCACAUUGCGAUCCCCGAUAUCCCUGGCUGGGUGGCGGAUGAGAUGGCCAAGCUGGAAUACCAACGCAGAGAGGCAUUCAAGAGGCACGAGCGGCAGGCCCAGCAGCACUUCCAGCAGCAGCAGAGGAGGAAGAGGGAGGAGGAGGAGCGGCAGCGGCAGGCCGAGUACCAGGCCCGGCGCGAGCGGGAGCGGGACGAGGGCAAGGCCGACCCCGGGGGGGCAGACCACCACCACGACAAGAGCCACGGGGGCAAGUCCCGGUCCGGCGGGGGCGGCGGGGGCGGGGGCGACAAGCCCAAGAGGCCCAGCUCCCUGCUGGCCAACAACAACGUGAUGAAGCUGAAGCAGAUCAUCCCGCUUCAGAGCAAGGCGCGGUCCCCGCAGUCGCCCACCGGGAGCGAGCCCAAGCUCCCGGGCUUCCUCAGCUUCAAGUUCCUCAAGUCGCCGGAGACCAGGAAGGAGGCGGCCGCGGGCGCCGCCACGGCAACCGCGACCAUCCAGGAAAAGAGCCAGUCGCCCAGCAAGUCCUUCAACCCGGGGAAACUCUUUAACUUCGGCAAGUCGGAAGGGGGCGUCUGCGUGAACGGGGCCCAGCAGUGUAGACCCGGGGACCCCCUCCAGGGCCCCGAUAAGCAGCCCACCAAGUCUGACCUGAACGGCGUGCCUGACGAAAUCCCCUCGCCCGGGGGAGACGGAGGGGAGAACGGACAUCCGGCGGACUCCGAACCCUCUGGUCCUAAGAUCUAAACCCUUCAAAAACACAUCACAAUACAAAAAAAUACAAAAAAAACAAAAACAAAACAAACAUUCAAAACAAGCAAAGGAAGGCCCUGACUGAGGAGAAUUCCCGCCUGGCGUUUUUUUCUGAGUAAUGUCAGCCGUGCUCGGGCGCCGUCGUAAAGAUGGACAGAGACGCGCUUCGAGUCUGCUGUGUGCCACAACACCCGACAGGCUUUCCGGAGAAUUCCCCCGCCCGUUCCCCCCGCCCUCUCACACUCCCUUUUCUGCAAUACGUAUAGGAAUGCAUGAGCUGCGUUUCUUAUCCUUUUAAAGCCUUUUUUCCUAAAAAAAAAAAAAAAAAAAAAGGGAAGUGCAGUGUCUCUUAAUUUAUUCUAUAGUCUCAAAAUUGUAAGCAUAUAUCAGUGUUUUUCCACUGAAACGCACAGCCUGGUUUAAAAAAAAGAAAAGAAAAAAAGACAAAUCUGGUGUCUGAACCAUAGAUGGGACAUCUCCAAAAUCAUACGGAAAUCCUUGAUCAUAUCAGAAAUUAUCACUGAAUAACUACCAUAGUGUUGAAUCUGCAUAGAUAAUAACUGUGAAUGUUUCUAGGCCUGUUCUCUUUUUAUUAUAAAAAGAAAGUUGAGUAAGCUCAACGGUGUCAAUCAGUGUCUCAGAUUUGAUUAGUACCGCAAGCAAGACAAUUCAUACCUCAUCCACUUCCAUUUAAGAAUUCCAGAGGAACCACAAGCUUUAUUUUUUAAGCAAAAUAAUCAAAAACGCUUUGUAUAUUUCCUCCCAACCACCUGCAAUAUAUAUAAAGAACAUGAUGGGUUUUUCAGUGGGACGUAAGAAGAGGGGUUUGUAGCCUGGGCUAGGAAUGACAGGCACAGUAGGUAUUGAUGAGAUUUGGGAACACACCUGUGCAGUGUCACCCUGUGUCUUGCUAUUCAGCGAGCGAGGGACUGUGUGUGUGUGUGUGUGUGUGUGUGUAUGUGUGCAUGUGUGUGUGUGAGAGAGCGAGAGAGAGAGAGAGAGAGAGAGAGAAAGUGGGUUCAGACGAGGAAGGCUUAGGGAGUUAAUAGAGCGUCACAUAAGGUUGAGCCAGUAGCUCUGCAAUUGACUGGCUCAUCGGUGGUGAAUCGGAGCAGCGGUGUUUACACUCACGACCGCGGUUGCUGUGUCCAGCCUAUCCGAGUAUCUCCGUCACAGCGACACACGCGUAGCGCAGCGAGACGCCUACGCGUUCUUAUUAUGUCUAGAAUGAAGCCGUUUUGUGAUUUUUCAGACCGGGACGGAGUAUUGGCUCGUACCGCAGAGGAAAGGGCUAUCAUGUGCCACAGGUACAGUAGGGGGGGGGGAUGUCUGUCUAUGCCUGGGACAGUUUGCGAUGCUUAUUUAAUAUGUGCCAUUAUUUUUAACGUUCUGUUUGCAAGGAAGCCUGACAGUGGUGAGAUACCAUCAUCAUGCACGGCUCACAGCAGAUUAAUAGAAUAACAAAACAAAAAAAACUUUUGCACUAAACCCUGAUGCCCCAGGAGAAACGGUGUGGUCUGCAGGGGGAGGGGAGAAUACCAGCCUGCCUCAUAACAUAUGCAAAAGCUGGAAAUGUCUUUUUUUUAUCGCAACAUGUCUCUUAAAAUUUUCAAAUUCUUGGUUUGUGCAUCUUGGUGCGGCUGUUCUUAUUUAUUAAUAUAGUAAUGUUUUAUGUAUUCCAGUCUUAGAUUAUUAUUUUAAGUUUUAUUUAUUUGUAUGUGAACAUGGUUGGGUUUUUUUUUUUUUUUUUGAAUCAAUGAUUUGCCAAAGCAACAUCAAAUCCAGGACACUGGCAGGGCUUAUAAAUCACAUCCGGAGCCAUACUUACGCAUUUAGUAUCGAUAUUAAAAAAACUCUCCACUUGUCUAGAUUUCACACAUCCUACCACCUCCACAGAGUUCCAUGGGGGCCUAUGGCCUCCCACUGAUGAAGCACCUCGAUAUUCUCCAUCUUCGUAAACAAAGUCAAUGGGUGAUUCAUCCGUGUAGCAGUUCCACGUUUUGACCAGUAGGUUGUGCCAGAAACAAGUCCAAAGCCAGAACCCUAGUGAGCCUUGAAUGAACAGCUUUGUUGUUAAGAGCAAAGAUGCACACAGGGAUUUGAGUGCAGUUGGGCCUAUUACAACAGCUGCUUUCACAGUUCUGCCAUGUUGUGAUUGAAGGAUGUUACAAACAGGAAAGGAAAGCUAUAGGAAGAAUACAAGGAUUCACAUGCAGUAUUAAUGGUGGGACCCAAAUCAUCAGCAGAAUGCAUGUAGUCAGAUCCGUCUGUGGUGCACUUCCUGAUCCCUCACUAGCCUGUCCUAUCAAAAGACUGCAAUAAGGAGCUCUGAACCAUUGUACAAUGUUCCUGCUCCUGGCAUGAGUGCCCUUGUGUGCAUUCUUUAAAGCCACAAGUUUUAAGGUUUCAAGUUUCCGGUUACAAUCAGAUCAGACCCCCCCCCCUCUCUUUCUCAGUGUGAACUCCAGUUUGGGCUGAUGCAGACACACAUCUUUCUAAAAUAGAACGUCUAAUUGAAAAAUUACUCCCUAGUGCACCGUAUCCUUAAAGAAUGCUCACUCCCAUUCAUGUCUCCUUUUAGGCUAGGUUAGUGGGUUGAUAGGUUACAGGUAUCAAAUACCACAAAAAUGUAAUCACCCUGUGUUAUAUCUCAAAAUAUACUUGUAGUACUUAUUGUACUAACGUUUAGUGAGUUAAGAUACAACUUUCAUAACCACGGUUUUACCAAUUUUGGAUGGCGAGGUUCAAUGCUCGUUCUUACGGUAAUCCGAAUAAUUCUGCUCUUAGUGUAGUCAAAAAUAAAAUGAAAGAACAGAGCUCUAUGAAAAUAUACAGUUUUACUCGAACCCAGAGGCUCACUGGAAUUACUAGGAGGGGAAAUCAUAAACAUGAUAAUGCAAUAAACUGAGUCAAAGUGGAUAAAACAUUAUCCCAGCAAGUGAAUGUUUGUCUUGCAUCUUCACCGGGUCUGGAUUCAGCAACACGUUACUACUGUACGCUUAAUUCAGAGUUUGCAGAGAGGCUAUUUGCGCUCUUGGGCGUUCUAGGGAUGUGAAUUAUGCGAAACUACUGAAAAAAAGGAAAUCCCUUUUGCUAGAUUUUUGUUCAGUUUAUCAGUGGGUCCAUGUUUGGUUCUUGCACUGAAGGGUCGAAGGGAUGGGAAACGAUUUAAAAGGAAGACGGUCAUUUUGAUUUCGGGAUUUUUGUUCUCAAGAGUAGCAUGAGUCAGACUUAAAUUUUAAACGAACAACAUAUGCUUGGUUUAUGUUUAGCUGACAUGCUGUAAAUGAGCUUAGUUUUAUAUGGGGGAAGAAACGAGUGGAUAGGAAAGUAAGGGUUUGAGACCACGAGGAGAGGUAGAACCUGAGACGGAAUUUGCAAUGUGAGAGUUCCCAUUUCUUAACUAAUAAAAAAGCAAGUCUUCAUGAAAACUUCACCUGAGUGGACUUCAUGUGCUCUUCCAAUAUACCACUGUACAAAAAAGUUUUGUUUUUAAUAGAAGAAAAAAAAUACUUGGAAAUUGAAUUUAUUUAUUUCUUUUAAUUUAUUUUGUCAUAUUUUUGUAAGAUCUUCAAAUAGAUAAUAAAACAGUUCAAAAUAAAA